CUGCCCCCUUAUUUGCGACUUUUCUCUCCCUCCCUCUCAGGCUCCUACCGCUCGACCAUGGCUUCCUCUUCCGUCUUCUUGGCCUCCCCAAUCCUCCCCUCCAAACCCGCCCAAAGACGACCCCUCUCUCUUCCCUCCGCCACCUCUCUUCCCAGUUCCAUCUCGGCCUUUCCUCGAUCCCUCCGGCGUCCGCCGCCGAACUCCCGGCCGCUGACCGCCGUCGCCGCCGUCUCGGUGGAGCAGCAGGACUCCGUCAAACCCGCGGCUCAGCCCUCCUCUCCUCCUCCUGCCCUCCCUUUCCGGAUAGGGCACGGAUUCGAUCUCCACCGCCUCGAGCCAGGUCUCCCUCUGAUCAUUGGCGGCAUCGAUAUACCUCACGACCGGGGGUGCGAGGCCCACUCCGAUGGGGAUGUGUUGCUUCACUGUGUGGUGGACGCGAUUUUGGGGGCGCUGGGGCUUCCCGAUAUAGGCCAGAUUUUUCCUGACUCGGACCCAAAGUGGAGGGGUGCGGCUUCUUCCGUCUUCGUGAGAGAAGCUGUAAAGCUAAUGCAUGAGGCAGGUUACGAGCUCGGAAACUUGGAUGCCACUUUAAUUCUGCAAAAGCCAAAGCUGAGCCCACAUAAGGAGGCCAUCAGGACCAACUUAUGUGAUCUGCUUGGAGCCAACCCAUCAGUCAUAAACCUCAAAGCAAAAACACACGAGAAAGUUGAUAGUCUUGGAGAAAAUAGAAGUAUAGCAGCGCAUACUGUGGUUCUUCUGAUGAGGAAGUGAUGCCAUUGCAUAACAAGGGAAGAUGCUGCAUGUUUUUUAUCAGUCAUAUACUAGGUAUUGGACGCUACUGCCCUUGCUCUGAUGGUAAAGAAGCAUCAUGAAUCACUCUGUUUGCUCAGAAAAUUUUCAUGUUUACUGUAUUAAAACUCUUGAAUCAAAUAGCUUGAAUGAUUUUGCUUCUUAACUUUUA